CCGGGAAAUUCUGUAGAAAUCCGUAUAACGUGACCGGGAUUUGCAAUCGGAGCUCGUUUCCGUAAAUAAAAAUACGCUAGUCCAAAAAGGAAGAAAAAGGAAAUAAAUGGGGAUGUUAACCGGGCUAACCCGACCCAUGGAGAAGUCGGCACCACUCCACUUCGGAAAUCAGAAUAUUUGAUAGUCGCUGCGGAAGAAACAAUCGGACCGAUACAAAUCACAGUCAUUCAGUCUUAUACAAAGGAAGCUCUUUCUGGGCUUCGCAGCUUUGGACGAACAGGGGGAACAUGAACAAUGGAGAUGGGAAACGAGUGAAUGGAGAGGCCGAGGAAGACGAUGAUGAGGACGAGGGAAAUGGGGGAGGCCUUGAUGCUUGGGAGAGAGCUUACGCGGAUGAGAGGUCAUGGGAGGCUCUGCAAGAGGACGAGUCUGGGCUUCUCCGCCCUAUUGAUACCAAUACCCUUUACCAUGCCCAGUAUCGCCGGCGCAUUCGCUCCCUUUCCUCCCUGGCAACUACUGCUCGUAUCCAGAAGGGCCUCAUUCGCUAUCUCUGCAUUGUUGUUGACCUCUCAAAGGCAGCUGCAGAGAUGGAUUUUCGACCAAGCCGAAUGGUUGUGGUUGCGAAACAUGUGGAGGCUUUUAUUAGAGAGUUCUUUGACCAGAAUCCGCUUAGUCAACUUGGUCUUGUGACUAUAAAAGAUGGGGUUGCUCAUUGCUUAACGGAUCUUGGUGGCAGUCCUGAGUCCCAUGUUAAAGCUUUGAUGGGUAAACUGGAGUGCUCUGGUGAAUCCUCCCUGCAGAAUGCCCUGGAUCUUGUUCAUGGGUAUCUAAAUCAGAUUCCAUCAUAUGGUCAUCGAGAAGUUCUCGUCUUAUAUUCUGCUCUUAGUACUUGUGAUCCAGGAGAUAUAAUGGAGACUAUCCAGAAAUGCAAGAAGUCAAAAAUUAGGUGUUCAGUUAUUGGUCUCUCUGCAGAAAUUUUUAUAUGCAAACAUCUCUGCCAAGAAACUGGUGGUUCAUACUCUGUUGCAUUGGAUGAGGUCCACUUCAAAGAGUUACUACUGGAACAUGCUCCCCCACCUCCAGCAAUAGCAGAAUUUGCCAUUGCUAAUUUGAUAAAGAUGGGUUUCCCACAAAGAGCAGCAGAGAGUUCUAUAGCAAUUUGUUCAUGUCACAAAGAGGCUAAGGUUGGAGGGGGUUACACUUGUCCAAGAUGCAAAGCACGUGUAUGUGAGUUACCUACGGAAUGUCGAAUUUGUGGAUUGACACUUAUUUCUUCGCCCCAUUUGGCAAGGUCAUAUCAUCAUCUCUUUCCAAUAGUACCGUUUGAUGAGGUGUCUCCAUCACUUCUGAAUGAUCCACAUAACAGAUUACCAAGAUCUUGUUUUGGAUGUCAACAAUCUCUUCUAAAUCCUGGAAACAAACCUAGCCUUCGCGUUGCUUGCCCAAAAUGCAAACAGCACUUCUGCCUUGAUUGUGACAUUUACAUUCAUGAGAGCUUGCAUAAUUGCCCUGGUUGUGAGAGCUUCAGGCAUUCCAAGUCAGCCAUUGCUAGUGAAGAAUGAUGGUUCCUGUGACUUUAUAAUCUGCUACCCCUGUGCAAAAGAAGUUGUAUUUCAACACACUUUCUCUAAGCCAAAGUCUUUCUUGGAAAGUAUUCUAAGCCAAAGUCAUAAGACAAUAACUAUAUGCUUUUGGAACCAUCCAGAUUUCUAGACCAUUUAGGACGCUGGGAUGGUCUUGAUCCAGCCUUUUGAAGAGGGGUGAAUUAUGCUGGAGAGAGAGAGAGAGAGAGAGAGAGGUGGUUAAAAGAAACCGAGUCGGUGAUUUUUCCGUAUGUACUGUGGUUCAGUUAUUUAUUUAUGUAAUUACUUGGGGAAGAAAGUUUUCAGUAUUUAAAUACACCUUUUGUGGCCUUUGAUGUCUCCGGAGAAUCAAAUGAAUCUUGGUAGUAUCCUUCAUGAUUUUGGUAGGGGAUGCAAUGGAUAUUUUCAUUUUUCAUUAA